AUGCACCGACCACCAUCACCUGUGAUAACAAACACGACACUGCACACACCAGCACCCACACACAACCUCACGCUCAUACGCACCGCCGCGGAGCUCAUCGAACUCGACGUGAAACUGCGCAGUACGCACCCGGGCCUCAAAAUCCCAUCGCUGCCCAUCGACCCCGCCGGUCUGCCCCUCGCGCAGCAGAAGAAGGGGAAGGAGAAGAAACGAAAGUCGACGUUUUUGAACACGCUUUCGCGGCUGGCGUCGCCUGGGGGUGGCAAGGGGAUGGGGAUGAGUAUGGGCAUUGGGAUCGGGAAGAAAGGGGGGAAUACACCGCUUGUGAUGGCUCCUGCCAAUGGGAGUAUUGGAGGGGAUGUGAAUGGGUGGUCUGCCGCGCCGUCCAUGACGAAUCUAGCGUCGACUGCGUUGUCCACUGACGCGCUUGAUAGGGAUGGGGUCAUCUCGACAGACAGAGAGAAAGAGGACUAUUGA